AUUGGAGCUCUAACAUUUUGCUAUUUCUAACCCUUUUCAAUUUUAGAAGAGAAAAGCUUUAUUAUACUGUACUUUUGAAAGAAAAAGAAAAAAAAGGAAAGUUUGAACCUUCUCAAACCAUGCUAGUUCGAAUAUCUAAAUUUCGACAUAUUGGCAAGAACGCCUACCUCUUCACUUCAGUGAGAUAUUCUACAGAUGAAGCAAUUUCUACCACCACCAAGAACCCUUUCUUGUCAGACUACCUCAUCAAAUUACUGGGAUUCUCUAGAGAUGAAGCGAAUUCUGCAACUGCCAAGUUAAACAGCAUGAAACCCCCUAAGAGUCCUGAUUUGGUAAUCAAAUUCUUUCAAGAGAUUGGUUUAGAACGGACAGAGAUCAAGAAGUUAGUUUCUAUUACCCCACAGCUGCUUUUUUCUGAUGUAAACAGGACUCUUAAACCCAAAUUUCAGUGUCUACUAGAAUCUGGGUUGUCUGGAUCCGACCUAGUAAAUCUCUUCAGAUCGGACGCACGAGCUCUAUUUCGAGGAGUAGAUUCUCAUUUCAGGCCUAGUUUGGAGUAUCUUAGGAAACUAUUUAGUAGUGAAGAAUGUUUGGUUAAAGCUAUAAAGAAAUCACCUUGGUUACUUGCUCCAAAUGGUCCAAAACAAAUCAAUCCCAAAAUAUUGUUGUUGCAAAGGUUUGGUUUUUCAAAUCCCAAAAUCGAGAAGCUUUUAGUUCAGAAACCACGGGUAGUUUUGCAAAAAACUGGGUGGCUGGAAGAGAAAUUGCACAGAGUUGAAAAGGAUCUACAGAUUUCUCCCAAAUCUGGAAUGUUUUUCUAUGGAGUUAUUGCACUUGUUUCAGUUAGUAACUCAACAGUGAAAAAGAAAAUGGGAAUUUUCCGGAGUUCUGGAUGGUGUGAUCUGGAUAUAAUGACUGUGUUCAGAAAGCAACCUCUCUGUUUGGUUACGUCGGAAGCUAAAAUUCAGCGAGCAUUGGACUUUUUCACGGGGGAACUCGGAUACAAACCGGAACACUUGGUUUGUAAUCCUGCGGUUCUAAUGCUUAGCUUGGACAAGAGAGUGAUUCCUAGAAAUGAUGUACUGAAAGUUUUAGAGGAGAAGAAGCUGAAUCAGAAAGUAUCUUUUUUGAGAGCUUUGCGUCUAUCUGAACGUAUGUUUCGUUCAAUAUUUGUGCUUCCUUACAAGGAGGAGGUACCUAAUCUAUAUGAGUCAUAUAUGACUUCCGUGAGACGUUAGAGACACAACGCUCAAAUGAG